AUGGACUUACCACCAGUAUGUAACUUAGCUCGUGACAAGGAGAGUCAAGUUUGCAAGCUUAGAAAGUCAUUAUAUGGGUUAAAGCAAUCCCCCAGGGCAUGGUUUGGCAGAUUCACUAAAUCCAUGAAGAAUUUUGGAUAUGUACAAAGUAAUGCAUAUCACACUUUAUUCUUGAAAAGUGAUGAAAGAAGACUUACUGCAUUGAUUGUUUAUAUGGAUGACAUAGUCAUAACUGGAAACGACACAGGAGAGCAACUGAAAUUGCAGAAGUAUUUGUCUCAGGAAUUUGAGAUGAAGGAUUUAGGUGAUCUGAAGUACUUUCUAGAAAUUGAAGUACCCAGGUCCACAACUGCUAUAUUUCUGUCUCAAAAGAAGUAUGUAUUAGAUCUGCUCACUAAAACAGGAAUGCUUGGAUGCAAACCUGUUGAUACACCCAUCGAGAUGAAUCACAAGUUAUGUGAAGGCAUGGAUCAAGAACCAACCAAUAAGGAACAGUACCAACGCCUUGUUGGAAGGACUUUGGGAAUUCCGGUUGUACCGUUGCGUAGAGAACAGUGA